AAAUGGCGCGGUGCCUCACCGAUCCAGGAAAUUUUUCAUGACACCUGGGAGUAUGAGAAAUUAUCAUUUACUUUCCACCGAUCAACCAGAUCAGGUUAGGCUGUCAUGUUUUGCUCUUGUAUAAGCACGUUACGUAUGCACUGUCGCUUAAUUAGCUACUGUCAGUAAAUCGUAAUGGAUCAUCUGAAAUUAGUCAAAUGUGAGAUAAAUGUUGUCGAGCUCAUGAAGUUGGUGUCUUCCCCGUCUUGUGGAGCUACAUCAAUGUUUGUGGGCACCACCCGAGACAACUUUGAAGGGAAGACAGUGAAAAAGUUGAUCUAUGAAGCUUACGAGGGAAUGGCCGAAAAGUCGAUGAAAAAGCUGUGUGAUGACAUUCGCAGUCGGUGGAAAGUACACGGGAUUGCCAUUUGCCACAGACUUGGAGAGGUGGCUAUAGAGGAGGCAAGCAUAGCCAUAGUUAUUUCAUCGGAACAUCGGGCUGAAUCUCUUCAAGCAGUUCAGUAUGCCAUUGAUACUUUAAAGGCAGAGGUACCUAUUUGGAAGAAAGAAGAAUAUGAAGGUUCAAAUGAGUCAGCAUGGAAGGAAAAUAAAGAAAGUUCUUGGAUCAAGACAGAACCUGCAGAAUCAGUGGUAUGUGAUGACGAUUCAGAUGGCGAUGUUGUAGAUAUUGUACCUCCAGAUUUGAUUCAAGUGAAAGCUGAUGAUGCAGAACUUAAGAGGAGGAUGGAAGCAUUUAUGGACUUCAAAAGAAAUCAAGUAAAUUUUAGCAAUAUACGAGACUUUUGCGGUAAUGCAAACUCUGAGUUAAGCUGUGCUAGAGUUGAUGCUGUCGUUGUUCGUCAAAAGGGUUCUAAGGGUCAUUUGCGAGUCCGAAGGGUUUUGAAUAAGACUGGUCCUCAAACUCAAGGAAUUGAGUUGUGGCCACAAGCUGCUGGUCCCUCUUCCACAACGCCCCUUAUGCAGGGCAAAAAACAGAAGUUGGAGGUAGCUGCAUCUGUAAAUUCCACAAGUGAUUGUCCUCCUGCUGUUGAAGAAAGACUGAGAAAUGCCGAGUUACAUCUAGGCUUGAAUCAAUGUCAAAACAAUAGGCCAGUUCCGAAAGAUGUUUAUGCUAGACUAAAAGAUUUAGAAGAUCGAAUUCUGUUCUUGGAAGGUGUAUCUCCUGAAUAUUCCCAUGUGCUGACUAAAGUUCCUAAAAUUGAACCUGAAGAUAAAAAGCCGAGGCUCUUUAAAAAGAGAGUUUAUUCUGUCGAUGAUUUAGACAAAAAAAUGAGAGAUCUUGAAAAUGUUAUUAAAAAUAAUUCCCCUCAAAAAUCUACCACUUAAUUGCCAAGUUACGUUGUUUGUAAAGAUUUUUUUGUUUUUCUUUUGUCUCAGGAAGUGCCUCAGUGACUGCAUUUUCUUCAAAAGGACUUAACUCUGUCGAGCAAGGCCCAAUGAAAGACAAUUUGUGUAAUGAAUUUUCUUCUAGUGAAAUGUUUCAAAUUUUUUGUUAGUCUUCUAGCUGUUUAAAUUUCCUCCAAAUUUUAUAUUUUUUUAUGCCCUACCAAUUAACUUGUACAAAUCGUAUCAUGCUGUUGAAUAAAAAAGAUGUACUUCA